AUGGCUUCUGCUGAUGAAUCAGAUGCUAAAAAAGGCAAUUUUGAAAUGCCAACAAUUGAUGAACUUUAUCCUGAACUUCAAAAUAUGGAUUUUCUGUUUGAUGAUGACCUUGAUCUCCUUUUAAAUGAUUUAACUAUGCCAAACAUUGGAGUAUCAUCUAUUGAAAACACACAGGAAAUGAAUGAUAAAUUGAAGCUUGAUGAAGAAGGGAAUCUGCAGUCAACUUUAGACCACAAACAGAUAAAUCCUCAGAAAACAAGAUUUGGAAAUGUUUCAAAUGAAGAACUCUUAAAAUAUUAUGAGAGCAACCAGUCGAAAAACACCAGAAAAAAUACCAAAUGGGAGUGGUGUGUGGAGUCGCAGGGUCACAUAGUAGAUUUCAUGUCCAUAAAUGCUGAUGAAUUGGCUUCUUUACUGACAAAGUUUUAUUGCGAAGCUAAACCAAAACAAACAAAUGCUAGACAAAACUCCCUUCCAUCAGAACUUGCAGGAGAAUACCAUAAAAACACUCUAAAGAAUAUACGUGCAGCCCUCAACCGUCAUCUCCAGGACUUGGGGAGAAACCUCGACAUCGUUAAUGCCAGUGAAUUUAAAGUUUCAAAUAAAAUUCUAAAUGGCCUUUUAAAGCAACGAAUGCAAGAGGGUCUCUCUCGCCCAACUGCCCACAAAGAAAUCAUAAUCGAUGAUGAUUUGAAAUUAAUUGCAAUUUAUUUUAAAAAUGCUGAAGCAAACCUCAUCAUCCUAAAACAAUGUGUUUGGUUCAACCUCGCCACACACUUUGUUACUAGAGGAAUCGAGUUUCACCAUCAAUUGAAAAUUAAAUCAUUCACCUUCAAAAAUGAUAACUUUGGCGAGUAUGCAGUUCUAAACCAUGAAGUAAAACAAAAAAACUUCCAAGGUGGUUUGGGUACAGAGGAAGCUCCAAGCGACAAACGUAUGUACACGACAGGAUCAGAAACAUGCCCUAUAAAAAUGUUGAAGCUGUUGAUUAACAAAACGGAUGACACUGCAACUCACCUUUUUAACCAAUACAACAAAGCUGUUUUUGAAUUUCCAUCCAUUACAUCCAUUUGGUUUGUAAACAAACCCCUGACGAAAAGAACAUUAACCAACUUUAUGUCCGAAAUUUGUAAACUUGCCCAAACCAGCAAAAUCUAUACACCACAUUGUUUGAGAGCAACUGCGAUGCAACACAUGAACAACGCUGGUCAUGAAACAAGGCACAUUAUGUUCAUGUCAGGGCACAGAAACGAAUCAUCCAUCAGAUCGUACAAUAGACACUGUUCAACGCAGCAAAAAAAAAAAAAGCCCUCAGUGCCACAAUUUCCAAAAUGA